AUGCCGCUGUAUCUGUGUCUCACUAUCAUCGAUUUGAGGAAAGCAUUUGAUACAGUUGAGACCGAAGCGGUCAUGAAGGCCUUGCACAACCAAGGCGUCCCUACUCCAAACAUAAGGAUACUUGAGUUGUAUAGGAACUUCACGACCAAAAUUUCCCCAUUUUACUUGAUCGACGUGAAGAGAGUGCUUCGUCAGGGUGACACCAUUUCACACAAGGCAUUCAGUGCCUUUCUGAACACGAUGCGAGGAUUGGAAUGGGAUAACAUGGGAGUGAAAGUUGACGGCCGGCAUUUACACCAUCCUCGUUUCGCUGAUGACAUCUUAUAA